UGCAGUCAGUACAUCUGCUCGUCAGUACAGUGACUCGAAGUUAGUACAUCGUCUUAUGAGUAUAGAGACUUGAAGUGUGUUGAUCGGCGUGUGAGGACAGUGAUACACGCCACGAAGUAAGGACAAAAGAAUGUGCAAUGUCUACACCGAGGGAUUGUCUCGUUUUCCUGUACAUUCUGGGUCUGACUGUCCUGUUUACGGAGGCCGAUGGCUCACCGUCCGUUGGUGGAAGUCUUUCCAGCGUCGAAAAUGUGCUAAAUGUCAUCGGCAAUCCUCCCAGCGACGGUGGAAUCAACAACGAUAAGUUUGACCCUCAACAGCAACGAACUUACGAGAAACUUCAGGAUCUUGCAGAUGUUUUGAGGACUGAAGUUGUGAAUGUUGUCGAGGACCUGAAGGCUUAUCGACAGUGCAUCGUGGAACUUGCCACGUCUGCGGGGUCCCGCGAUGGCGGGCCUCCCCAGCAGGAGAAAUUUCCUCGGAUUAACCAAGCUUCUGCCCUGCCUUCUGGCUUUCGACUGGUCACCGGAAUUUAUUCAGUGUUGUCUCUGCUGAGUCCAGAUCAUCCCAUAUCUGACGUCAACAUAUGUGGCUCAGCGUGUACUGAUGACCUCCGUUGUGGGGGGUUUUCCUGGGACACAGAGGAGCAAGUGCCAUGCCGGUUUGUUGUGGACUCGGCCGUACCAGGCGCUGCUAGGGCGUUCGUCUCACAGGCUUAUAUCUACAACAAAUAUGCCGGAAAUAAGACAUUGGUCGAGAUCCCGGCUCCUUUGCACCUCUCUUGGCAACAGGCGUUCCAGAAGUGCGCCGACAAAGGCGCUAUACUCGUCACGCAUCCCACAACCAGUAAGGAACACGCCGCUCUGACCAUCAGACAUAACCCAUGGUUCUUCGUAGACCUACAGCGCCACGAGGACGGGAGUUACGCUUCAAGUAAUUUAGGAAUGGUCCUGCCGAGCUAUUUUGACUUCCAUUGGUACCCCAACAACCCACACGGAGGUCAAGAGAAGUGCAUGGGUAUGGGGGACACUCCUAUGGUAACGUUCGACUUUCCAUGCGAUAAGGUGGAUGAAUCUUCGGAAUACAGCCUCUUCUGUCUCGUGUGA